GGGUGAUCCCUGGCAACAGCCGUAAAACAAAGACCGAAAUUUCCUCCCUGCCGUUCUGCCAGGGUGACCCAGUGACACACUGCUCGUGGCACACGGGGCUUGUGCAGAUGUGGUGUUUGCUCUGGCUGGAGCCGGCUGUCAGCAGAGCCAAGGUUUACAUCAUCAAGGUCACCUGGUCCAACGGAGCCACAGAGGUCAUUUACCGACGGUACAGCAAGUUCUUCGACCUGCAGAUGCAGAUGCUGGACAAGUUCCCCAUGGAAGGAGGCCAGAAGGACCCCAAGCAAAGGAUCAUCCCCUUUCUGCCAGGGAAGAUCCUGUUCCGCCGCAGCCACAUCCGCGACGUGGCCGUCAAGCGCCUGAUCCCCAUCGAUGAGUACUGCAAGGCUCUGAUCCAGCUGCCUCCCUACAUCUCCCAGUGCGAGGAGGUGCUGCAGUUCUUCGAGACACGGCCGGAUGACCUGACCCCCCCCAAAGAGGAGCCCAUUGGAAAGAAGAGGUCUGGAGCUGACUGUGCCUCGGCAGAGCCCCUGGUGCUGGAGCAGUAUGUCGUGGUGGCCGACUACCAGAAGCAGGAGAGCUCGGAGAUCAGCCUGUGCGUGGGCCAGGUGGUGGAGAUCAUUGAGAAGAACGAAUCAGGCUGGUGGUUUGUGAGCACGUUGGAGGAGCAAGGCUGGGUGCCAGCAACCUGCCUGGAGGCCCAGGAUGGAGUCCAGGAUGAGUUCUCCAUGCAGCCUGAUGAAGAGGAGAAGUACACGGUUAUUUACCCCUACACUGCAAGGGACCAGGAUGAAAUGAACCUGGACAAGGGUGCUGUGGUGGUGGUGAUCCAGAAGAACCUGGAGGGCUGGUGGAAAAUCAGGUACCAGGGCCAGGAGGGCUGGGCCCCUGCCUCCUACCUCAGGAAGGGCAAUGGGGAUGUGUUCCCACCAAAGCUGGGCUCGGGCUCCUCGGCUCACUCGAGUGCCCUGGAGCUGGAUGGUGUCUGCAGGCAGCAGGUGCUGGCCAGCAGGGACAAGGACGGGCUGGGGGGCCCGAGGGACGGGAGGCUGGAGAGCAGAGCCCUGGCCAGCGCCGACAUCCGACGCAAGUCACCAAAGAUGAGGCAGAGGCCCCCUCCUCGCCGAGACCUCACCAUACCCCGUGGUUUGAACCUGCCUAAGCCUCCUGUCCCCCCUCAAGUGGAAGAGGAAUAUUACACCAUUGCUGACUUCCAGACCACCAUCCCUGAUGGCAUCAGCUUCCAGGCUGGAAUGAAAGUAGAGGUGAUCGAGAAGAACCUGAGUGGCUGGUGGUACAUCCAGAUCGAGGAGAAGGAAGGCUGGGCCCCUGCCACCUUCAUUGACAAGUACAAGAAAACCAGCAACGCCUCCAGGCCCAACUUCCUGGCCCCCCUCGCCGCCGAGAUGGCGCAGCUGCGGCGGGGGGACGCCGAGGGCAGCGCCAGCGAGGAGGGGACAGGGCCCUGCAGGCCACUGCCAGAGGCUCCUCCCAAUGGCACAGACUGUGCUGGCAGGUGGGGCAAGGACUGGAAGGGCAAGGAGGCUCCUGACAGCGGCGGGGACCUGUCCUUCGCCGGGGGCUACGAGGAGAUCCCCGAGCGCGACACCGAGGAGAAGCCCAGCCUCCCACCCAGGAAGGAGUCCAUCAUUAAAUCAGAAGGAGAGCUGCUGGAGAGGCAGAGACCUCCCCCCAAGCCCCCAGGCAUGAUUUUGCCCAUGAUCCCGCCCAAGCAGUCGGCGGCCCCCAAGGACAGCAAGAGGCCGGAGCUCAAACCGGAGAAGGGCAAACUCUUCCAGCUGAAAAACGAGAUGGGGCUGGAGUGUGGGCACAAGGUGUCGGCCAAGGAGGUGAAGAAGCCAAACCUCCGGCCCAUUGUCAAGCCAACCAAGCCAAAAGCUGAGCCUGCGGAGGACAAACCUGAGCCCAUCGCCCAGAACUUGUUCUUGAAGUCGAGGCCUCAGAUCAGGCCUAAACCCGCCGCGUCCCCCCGGCCUGAGCCGCCCCCGGCCGACGACAAACUGGACAUUUGCAGCCUGAGGAGCAAGCUGAGACCUGCCAAGGGCCCAGAGAAGCCCUUGGAGCAGGACUGCCCUGCAGAGAGCUCCUUCAGCAGCGCCGUGCUCCCCUCGGAGCCGUGCGCCAGGUUUCCGGGCCUGGAGGGCAAAGCCCUGCCCAAGCUGGACAGUGCCCCCAAAGAGGCACUGCCCAAAUCUCCCUUAGGGCCAGCAAGCCCCCCCUGUGCCAGGGACGCCCCCCUGCAGCGCCCUGUGGUGCCGCCUCGCAGGCCGCCCCCUCCCAAAAAGCUGGGGGCUGCUGCCUGCGCCCCCGCCGAGCCCCGAGCCCCCGCAGUGCCGGGGAGGCCCAUGCUGGUCCCUCCCAAAGCCAAACCCUUCCUCUCCGCCGCCCUGCAGGACGAAGCCAAAGCCAGAAGCAGCGUGAACCCAAAGGUCACCUCCAAACCCGUGGAGAGGGGCGAGGCCAAGGAGAGACCCUCAGCCCCCAUCUCCAGCCAGGACACCUCCAGGGAAGCUCUCUACGUGGCAGUGGCGGAUUUUGAAGGUGAUGAGGAGACCAACAGCUUCAGAGAAGGGACUUUGUUCGAAGUUCGUGAGAAGAACAGCAGUGGCUGGUGGUUCUGCAAGGUGCUGGCCGGGGGGCCGUGCUGGGAGGGCUGGAUCCCUUCCAACUACCUGAGGAAAAAGCCCUAGCUGCUCCUCAGCCUGCGCAGCUGGAGGCUCCCUGGGCUCCCACCUGAGUAUUUAAUGAGCAGAUUAAUUUAUAGUUUUCUGGAAGGCUGGCUUUAAAAGAAGAGAUAAUAAUUGAGAUGCCAUGCCUCAGCUGGAGGAAGCAGCUCAGCCUCCCCUCCCCACCCCUGUGCUCUCACCCAUCCUCCUCCUCACAUCCCCUGAAGGACUUGGCCCCUGUGCUUCUCUGUGUUUGGGAGAUGGACCUCGAGGGACAUUUUGCCACCUCUGUGGUGAAUUGGAGAGAAAUCCAGCAGCAGGCAGGUGGAGCGGUACCAGUGAAGGAAAUCACAGAAGGAUUUGCCUUUCCCUGAAGCUCAGGGAAGAGUUGCUUAGUCCAGGGGUGCAGCAGAGCCACGGGGAAUGUGGCAAAAAGGAGGAGUGAUUGCUGAGAACAGCUUCCUGCAGCUCUUUUUGGUUAAGGGCUGUGCCUGCAUGGGGAUCAUCCCUUGGUCCUUCCCUGCUCUACGAUGACAAGUGUUAACUUCAACAUCCUCCUGGUGGAAAAUAAUAGGGGAAAAUCCCCCCUCAUUUAGCAGCUCCUGUCUGUGCUGGUCCAGGACAGCUCUCAGCUUCUCCCCUGCAGAACUGCAACCAAACAUCAGAGGGGUUUUGCUGGAGCUGAGGAAUUCUAUGCAAGGCACAGAGGACCAGAACGACCCCAAAACCCCUGGAAAAGGGAUGCUUUGCUCUCCUCCCCACACAGACUGCCCUCCUGUUGGACUAGGAGGGGAUCACCCCUCCCCAGGGCCCAGGAGCUGGGUCCUUCCCUCGGUGCUGAUCUUACCAAGUGCAAUCCAGAAUGGGGGAGUUCAGCUCCUCGUCACCACCAGUUCUGAGGUGUGUCUGGUGCUCAGGGGCUGCCUGCUGUCUUUGUCACCCCACCUGCCUGUCCUUGCAGCCCACCUGGGGGCCAGGCUGGCUUGGAGGGGCUUCUGGGCAAGCAGAGCCUGGGGUUUUUCCAUGCUGACAUUCCUGCCUUGCCCUCAGUGCUGCUUAUCCCAGCAGGAGGAUGAGCUGUUGUUCCCCAGUGCUGCUUUCUUCCUUUAUGUCCUUGGCUAUUUGCAGCUUCAGGGCCACAUUUCUCUCCAGAAGAGCUUUAAACCUGGAUGUCUGUGGGUUUCACAGAGUCACAGAAUUCUUUGGACUGGAAGGGACCUCAUCCAGUCCAGCCCCCGUGCCAAGGCAGGGUCAGGUUUGGUGUUGACCAAGCCCUGUUGCCCUCUCUGGUCUAAUUACAAAUGUGGGCAAUGCAGCCACAUUGUUUUGCUGCUGAAAAUAAUGACAGUUUUCCCUCUCAUUUGAGGCUGGCUGAAUUGAAGGAGCGUUCUCCACUCCCCCAGAUGCUCACUUCCCUCUCUGUCCCAUAUUUUCCACCCUGGGGAUGUGGAAAUCUGCACACAGAAGAAAACUGUACUGCCUCAUUCUGGGACGCGAUGGGGCAGUUUGAUCUGAUAGAAAAACCCUGACCAUCCUCAUAUCCAGAAGCCUCAAAAUUCAUUUUUAGCCAUGGGAAUUCAGGCACCCUGGUGUGUGGCUGAUUCCUCUCCUCCCACCUGCCGUUUCUCUGGUGGCACAUCAGCCCCUGAUCAGGCUGACUCACCUGAGCUGGCAAAAAGCACCGAAUUUGCAACCCAGUGCAAUACCAGAGCUGCUUGCUGGCAGAAGGGAGGCGUUGAUGUGCUCCCAGAGAGCUGCAGGGUGGGUUGAGACAGCUCCAAUCAAUCCCUCCUGCUUUGGGAAGGAGUGGGGACAGGGUGAGCGAAGCCAGAGCUGCUCCACAGCCCAAUCCAGCUCCCAGGUGUGUGGGGAGGGGCUGGGGCUGGAUCCCUGCUCUGGACACAGGGCUGUGUGUCCUUCCCCCGGGCACUGUGUCCUUGCUGUGCUUUGCUGAAUGUCCUUUUCAUCUCAGAGCCCUCUGUGCCCUGCCUGUCCUCUGCUAUUUGUGUGGCCCCUCAACGAGGGCUGCUCCCUCUCCCCUCCCAGCCUGAGCCUCGGAACUGGUGGUGCUCCAUUUUCCUGACACAAGUACUGUAUUUCUGUAUUUGACAGGAUGGCUCCCUUCUUCCCAAAGAGCUUCCAGGAGGGAGUUUCCCUCUGGGAUCACCCUCAGGAGGUGCCCACACCUCAGCCUUACCCCCUUUCCUGUUUGCCAAGGGGCCUUGGGUGGCCAAACUCCUGUGGGGACGAUGCCAGGAGCCCCUGGGCUGGCAGGGCUUUGUCCCCAUCUGGUUUGUGCCCCAAGCCAGGCUGCCUCUCCUCCCUGCACCUCCCUGCUACCUCCUGAGGAGGAGGAGGGUGGCCAAAAGCACCCCAAAUUGCCACAGCCCAGCCUCCCAGAGCAGCCCUGAGGCUGUGGCGAGGGGGGCACUGCUGUGGCUUGGGGCCCAGGAUUUGGGGACAGGCAGGGCUGGGCACAUCCUGGGUGGGCAUCAGCUCCUGCCAGGCUCCCAAAGCCCCUUUGUCUGUCCAUGUGUGUGUGUAUUAUGGAAUAGGUAUAAAUCUCCAUUACUGGGGGUGGGUGGGGGGAGCAAAGGUAGAUGUAGCUGUCCAUGCCCUGUCUGUACCUUCACCUUUAAGGGAUGGAUUUUUAUUAUUAUUAUUAUUAUUAUUUGCUGGGUUUUGGGGUUGUGUUUUUAUUUUUUUUCCUCUUUUGUUUUCUUCUUUUUUUUUUUUUUAAAGAAAUAAAAAGAAACUGCUUGACUGGUUUCAA